UUUUAUUCAAACAGGUGUAUCGAGUUCAACAACUCAGCUCAAGAAGAAAGAAUGGAAGAUUCCAACAGCUCUAAUAUGAUUGUUGACAAUCAAAACACUAGUUUAAGUUUACACCCACAAGUCAUACCACUGGACCAUGAAACCUGCAGUGCUGACAUCAUCGACUGGUCACAUGACAAUCAUAUCGCCGUGGCGACCAAGAAAGGCAUGUACUGCCUGGCCUUGCUGAAUUCUGCUGACCUCGUCGACACAAACUUCAAGGCGCAGAAAACGUUCAUUCCACUCACUACCAAGAGGUCGAGUAAAGCAGCAAGCACAACCAAUCUGGAUCAAGGAUACAGGCACGGGGAGGUUCUUGCUACAGAAAACGGGUACCGAACAGUUCGCUGGUCGCCGUUAGAGUGCAGCGCCAAUGGAAGGUGUAUGUUGGCGACAUUGACCUUAGACCACUGUUUGGUUCUCCACUGUCUUCAGCAAGAUCAGCUACAGUGGCAGGAAGUGUUGGACUUCUCUGCGCUCGAAUCAAGCCAUGCUAAAAAGUCUGACAAAAAAUCGGCUACGCUGUUUCCGACAGACAUGCAGUGGUCAGAGACCUUCUGUAGGACUAAGGUGGACAAUGGCACAAGCAACCCAGGGAAUGGACCUGAGCUUGACCGACACGUCAUGUUAGCAGUGGCCACGAGAAGUGGCCUGGUGGUGGUGUGGGAGUUCAAGUGCCCCAUUGUAGACAACGCUAGCGUGGUGAGUCGACAAGAGAUCGAAACACCUGCAGAAUGCAUCACAAGCCUGGCGUGGGUGCAGGACCAGAACAAUCCACCAGGGGGCAUUGCUAUCGGCCAUCUGGAUGGCACAGUCUCCAUAUGGCCUACAGCAGUGGAUGCAGGGUCAUUGACCUUCCUGACACCUACAGUGUUGUGGAAGGAGCAAGAUCUACUUGCUGUAACGUCUAUAAAGUCCCAGCCCUUUGGAAAAAAUGUAAGCAUCCUUGUGGCAAGCAAAGGGCCCCAUGUGAUCUGCUUUGAGAUACAGAAGUCAGGGGACAACAUCGCACUUCUAAACACUGCGUGGACAGAUGCAGUUCAUUCCAUGCCUAUCUCAGGGCUAGCUUUGAGUGCAGAACACAAGGUUUACACAUGUUGCAUGGGCAGUACAGUGACAGUCACAAACAUCACGAGAAAUGAAUCAGGUUUGUCGUUAGAAGCCUUUCCCAUCGACACCAAGUCUUCUUUGCUGAAGCGCGGUUACGGUAUCGCAAUUUCAAAGAACUCAGUGUUUGUGGGGUGUGUCUCUGGAGUAACCGAUACCCUGAACGGUGUGGUGAAACUUCAGCUCAACUUUCUCCAAUUGAAGUCUCAAGAAGAAGUAACAGCAGCUUUGGUGUCACCAAAGGCAGGGCAUGUCGCCCACAACAAAGACUUGGUAGAGUAUGUGAGGCAGAGGUCAUCAUCCACUAGGUCAUUGCCCCCUGACCUACAGUCCAUACUGUAUGGGGAGCCCAAAACUCAUCCACAUCUUCAGUUCUUCCUUUUAAAACUCUCCAUCGCAUUGGAGAAAGAAAAGGUGCAGGAUCCUGCAGGAACUAUGAUGAAGGACUUGGAUGAAAAGCUUGCAAGAGUGACUACCUUUUUGGCUGUGAGGCACAUCCAGGGUAUGUUGGGUGGAAGGGAAGCAGGUAUUCCCGUGUCACCACUGAUGAGAGCGAUUCUAGAGUGGCUGAAGAGAGAGGGCCACGGUCACCCCGACCUUCCAGUGACCACAUCUGUAACCGAACACCCUGCGGAAACAUGCAGAUUAUGCCAGGGACCAAUCCAGUUUGAGGAUAUCAGAGCAGCGACCUGUGAAAACGGCCACUCGUGGGAACGAUGCUGCCUCACAUUCGCAGCCUGCCAAGUUGUUCCUUACAGGAAAUGCAGGCUGUGUGGUGCUGCAGCGCUUCCUGAAACUGGUAGGGGGAGUAAAGACGUUUGUCCUGAACUGCUGAGGAGCAACAGCUGUUCCUUCUGUACUGGAGACUUACUGUGACAGCAACUCCAUAAAUUUGAUUCUCAGUGAUGCAUCUUACAUAUCAUAUUGAUAUAAUAUAAUUCAUAAUAAAAAUCCAAAAUCUAGGUUGCCCCCCAAUAUUUCAGGUUGCCGUCAACACUGGCUGCUAAGUUUAGAGGGUAAGCCAUAAGCCAGGCCACCUAUAAAGGUACCGCUAACAUGCUUAUUUUGAAAGCUGUAAGCUGGGCCGCUGUAAUCUUUUUAAAAAGUCUCACAUAGAAAACACGAUUUGUGCGGCGAGAGUGGGUAUUUCGAAGCCUGGGUUAUACAGCAAUGGAUAAUCAGCAGUCCUUUGGUAAAAUCUGGCUUGUGCAACUUGUAUAAAGACAUCAGUAUAACUACCCCCAUGCAUUACUAGUACUUAUGUAAUCUGACUUUCAAGUUACCACACUUGUGAUUGAUCACCGUGUGGCAUUAUGUAGAUUAUGUCAGGGAGCAAUCAAGUAUUUCCCUUCACUUGAAAAUUUGUGGGGAAUAAAUGCCAGGGGAACAAGCAUUUCAAGGAGUCCAAUUGUUAAGCUAUUAGAUAAUAACACAUACCGGUAAAAGGAUCAAUUUUCUUAUUCUCAAAGCUCCCAAUUUUACUAAUGCCCCUCCAGACUUCAGAGCUUGUUUAAAAGUUUAGGCACCAUGUAGUCUUGCAUAGUGGUUAUUUGACUGUAAUUUUACAUGAAGCUCGGUUUAGUGCAAUCAAGUCUGUACAGCUGCCAAAGUGUUUGUCACGGACCUUUCCGGUGUAAGCACUUGAAAAUUGCUGCAAAUGGAAGAAGUCGGUGUUUCCUAUGAAUAAAUAUGUGUCAUUGACGCAUGUCCCAACACAGGGUUCAAAAUACUGGGUGCAUAUGCGCCUUAGUGCAGGUAAAAUUGGGGCUGUGCAGGUAUUUCUGAUCCGUU